AUGGAAGCAUUUGCUCAAUUGGAUGGAGGUCUAGCACAAUUGGAACGCAGAAUAGACUACUUAGAAAAAACAAUUGCGAAUGUCGACCAACGUACAACUGCUUUACAGAUUAAAAUCCAAGAAAGAGCCUUAACAGGAUCUAUCGGAGCCAAACAAUAA